AUGGGCUCCGUCAACUUCCCCGCUGAAGAGGAACGCAUCCUCGAGCACUGGAACCAGACCAAUGCCUUCCACCGCCAGCUCGAACUCACAAAAGAUCUGGAGCCGUACGUCUUCUACGAUGGCCCACCCUUUGCUACAGGAACACCGCAUUAUGGCCACCUACUAGCUUCGACUAUCAAAGACAUCAUCCCACGGUAUUGGUCCAUGCGAGGCCGCUUCGUGGAGCGACGGUUCGGCUGGGAUACACACGGCGUACCAAUCGAGCAGAUCAUCGACAAGCAGCUGCAGGAGGAGUUGGGUGUGCGUGGAAAGGCGGCUGUCGACCAGAUUGGUAUCAAGGAAUACAACCGUCGGUGUCGCGAGGUUGUCCUCACAUACGCAUAUGAGUGGAGACGGGUGGUGGGCCGUGUUGGCCGCUGGAUCGACUUUGACCGCGACUAUAAGACCAUGGACCCGACUUUCAUGGAGACGUGCUGGUGGGUGUUUGCACAACUAUACAAGCGCGGCCUCGUCUAUCACGGUGCACGCGUACUGCCCUACUCGACCGCGUUGAACACACCGCUCUCCAAGAGUGAAGCACAGGAGGAGUACAGGGAGGUGCAGGAUCCCGCGGUGACGGUUUCCUUCCCGGUGCUACCUGUGGAGGAGCAACCUGAGAAUGUGCGAGCAAAGCUGGAAGAGGCCUUGAAAGUGGCUGGAGGUGCAGUCAACUUCGUGGCAUGGACGACCACACCAUGGACGCUGCCUAGUAAUGUUGCUCUGUGCGCACAUCCCGACUUCGAGUACCUACUUGUGCAUGAUGUGGAGUCCAACAAUGUCUACAUCAUGCUCGAGGCUGGUCUCAAGGUACUCUACAAGGAUCCCAAGAAGGCCAAGGACAAGUUCAAGCUUCUUCCAUUGAAGAUCAAGGGCUCCGAGCUCGCGGGGUGGAGAUACAAGCCUCUCUUUGAAUACUUCUACGACGACUUCAAAGACCACGGUUUCAGGGUCAUACUCGAUACAUAUGUCAAGCUUGACGAGGGUGUUGGUAUUGUCCAUCAAUCUCCAGCGUUUGGUGAGGACGAUUACAACAUUGCGUGGCGAGAGGGCGUCAUCAGUGCUGAGAGGCAACCACCCAAUCCACUCAAUGCCAGCGGUGAGUACACCAACGAAGUUCCCGAUUUUGAGGGUCAGCAUGUCAAGGCUGCCGACAAGAACAUCAUCAAGCACCUGGAGGGCGCCAAGCGCAUGGUGCGGAAAUCUCAGAUUACCCACAGAUAUCCAUUCUKUCCACGUUCCAAGACACCUCUCAUUCAGCGAGCGGUACCCAGUUGGUUCAUCAAGGUCGAGAAUGUUGUGCCAGAGCUGUUGGAGAAUCUGGAGAAGACCGAGUGGGUGCCAGCAACGGUAAAGACAGGUCGUUUUAAGCAAUGGCUUGGUUCGGCAAGAGAUUGGAACGUCAGCAGAAAUCGGUAUUGGGGUACGCCACUACCUUUGUGGGUCUCGGACGAUAUGAAGGAAGUCGUAUGUGUGGCCUCCGUCGCGGAGCUGAAGAAGCUCUCUGGCUUCGAAGGCGAGCUCAAUGACCUGCACAGAGAUUCGAUCGACCACAUCACCAUCCCUUCACAACAGGGUAAAGGCACACUCAGGCGCGUAGAUGAGGUCUUCGACUGCUGGUUCGAGUCUGGUUCCAUGCCUUACGCAUCAUCACAUUAUCCAUUCUCAUACCCUGGCUACGACCCAUCCGACCCCGAAUCAGGCGUUUCCCCAACCGAAGGCCCUGGAAAGGAGCUCUUCACCAAAUUCCCAGGCGACUUCAUUGCGGAGGGCCUGGAUCAGACCCGUGGCUGGUUCUACACGCUUUCUGUGUUAGGCACGCAUCUCUUCAAGACUUUCCCUUACCAGAAUUGCGUUGUCAACGGAAUUGUGCUUGCAGAAGAUGGAAAGAAGAUGUCGAAGUCAUUGAAGAACUUCCCCGAUCCCAUGCUUGUCAUCGAUAGAUAUGGGUCAGACGCAUUACGACUAUAUCUCAUCGACUCGCCCGUUGUUCGUGGCGAACCGCUGCGCUUUGCCGAGCUAGGAGUCAAACAGAUAGUAUCAGGUGUGCUCCUCCCGCUUUGGAACUCGUACAACUUCUUCGCGCAACAGGCGGCUCUGUUCAAGAAGAGCACCGCUGAGGACUUCACUUUCGACCCAGAGCUACAAAAGUCCAACCACAACGUCAUGGAUCGCUGGGUUCUGGCUGCUACGCAAUCACUGCUACAGUAUGUCAACAAGGAGAUGGAGGCAUAUCGCCUCUACACUGUUGUACCGAGACUGCUGAAGAUGGUUGAUGAUGUCACCAACUGGUAUAUUCGUUUCAACCGCAACCGCCUGAAGGGYCAGAGUGUAGAGGAGGCUGACGACAGCAAGGCCGACACCUUGCACGCGUUGAACACUCUGUUCGAAGUCCUAUACACUCUUGUGCGCGCAUUGGCACCUUUCACUCCCUUCCUGAGCGACAACAUUUUCCAGCGCUUGUCAUCACACCUUCCACAAUCCAUCACAAAGGACCAAGAUGUCCGAAGUGUCCACUUCCUACGCUUUCCCACUGUGCGCGAGGAGCUCUUCGAUCCAGUCGUUGAGAGACGCGUCAGCCGAAUGCAAAAGGUCAUUGAGCUCGGCCGUAUCUGCAGAGACAGAAGAACAGUCUCUUUGAAGACUCCACUCAAGACUUUGAUCGUCUUGCACCAGGACUCCGAGUUUCUUGACGAUGUUCGCACACUGGAGCGCUAUGUGACAGAAGAGCUUAAUGUCAACGAUCUUGUCCUCACAAACGACGAGAGCAGCUAUGGAGUGCAAUAUGACAUCAAGGCAGAUGUCAAGAACCUCGGCAUGAAGUUCAAGAAGGAUGCUGCGAAGAUCAAGAACGCUUUGCCAAAGCUCUCCGCUUCGGAAAUUCAUAGCUUCCUGGAAUCAGGUGCUAUCACGGUUGAGGGACACGAGCUCGGCGCCGAGGAUCUUCGCGUUCAGCGGAAUCUGAAGCCCAGCCCCGAGACGGCGAACUUGGAACCAGGAGUUGAUGGCGAAGUCAUGGUGCUCUUGGACGCUUUUGCAUACCCAGAGCUUGCACAGGAAGGUCUGGCUCGGGAGGUACUCAACCGUAUCCAGCGUCUGCGCAAGCGCGCAGGUCUUGUGCCGACUGAUGACGUCAAGGUUUCAUACGCGGUGCUCGCCCCUGUUUCCGUUGAUGCCCUCGACGGCAACGAGGCUGAGAAGAACGCCCAGUCGGAAGUCAGCCGAUUGGAAUCAGAGCGUCUCAUUGAGGAGAUGUUCGCAGGUCAGAAGUCGACGUUCGACAAGGCUGCCAGCAAGGGAGUGGAGCGCUCCGCGGAUGCGAACGGCACAGCUGCGGGUGAGAGCGUUGCGGAAGAGGAGGCGGAAGUAAAGGACAUUCGCCUGCUGCUGAAGCUGUUCAAGGUUUGA